AUGACACGAGAGCUCAGGAAUCGGCGUACGCGGUUGGGAAUCCGACAACCAGACGCUAGAGAUGUCACUGGUACGAUUAUUAUGCUUGAUGAGGGUAUUGAUGAAGAUGAAGCCCAUUCUAUGAAGAAAUCGACAACGGGUGUUAUAUUAAACCCCCAGCCUCACGAUUCGCCAAAUGACCCUUUGAACUGGUCAGUUUGGAAACGAGAUUUGUGUUUAUUUAUAAUCGGAUUUGCUAGUUUUCUCGGAGGAGGUAUGUCGCCCUUGUUGGCUGCAGGAAUGAACACUUUGGUUGUUGAAUUUAAUAAGCCUUUGACUACGAUUUCUUAUCUUGUUGGUGGGUUUAUGUUAUCACUUGGAUGUGGAUCGGUGAUUGCUAGUCCCACUGCUGUACUAUAUGGCAAAAGGCUUGUUUACAUUGCAGGAACUUUUAUUUUUAUGAUGGGUGCAAUCUGGGGUGGUGCUGCGAAAUCGUUUGGCAGUUUGAUGGGUGCUAGGGUUCUUACUGGUAUAGGUGCCUCACCAACAGAAUGUUUGCCAAGUGCAACAAUCGCAGAGAUAUAUUUUGCUCAUGAGCGUGCAUAUAGAGUGGGAUUAUACACAAUGUUGAUGUUGGGUGGUAAAAACAUCAUUCCACUUUUGUCAGGUUUGGUGUUUCAGAAUUUGAAUAGACACUGGCUAUUUUGGAUUUUGGCGAUGUUUUUAGGCGCCACAUUGAUAGGGAUUAUAUUGUUUGUUCCCGAUACUUUUUGGGACAGAACGCCGACCCCGUCCAAGAGAUCGUUGGAGGAGACAAAGGCUGCUCAGAAUGUUGCAUCGUAUCACCCUCCAUCACAAAGACCCAACGCAUUUGCUUUGCACCGGCCUUCACAAUCUAAUUUUCAGGAUAUUUACAGUUUACCAUCAUCAUUGGGUGGUGAAUUUUUUAAAAAUAUAGAGGAAGAGAAACCUAUUGAAAUUACUGAACCAGCGGCAGUUGCCCUUUCUGUGGAACAUAAAAAGAACAGUUGGUGGGAUAAUUUGAAGAUUUGGCAUGGAAGAUACACGAAAGAUAGUUGGUGGAUGGUUGCUUUGAGGCCAUUUGUACUAUACAGUUAUCCGCAUGUAUUAUUUGGAUCGAUUACAUAUGCAUUGGCAGUGGUUUGGUUGAUUGUGAUUUCAGAAACCAUUUCGGAAAUCUUCAGGCAUCCCCCAUAUGGAUAUGAUCAACAAACUGUUGGUCUUUUUUAUAUCUCGCCCUUUGUCGGAGGAAUUUUGGGCUCAUUAUCGUGCGGGUUAAUUUCAGAUAGAAUUAGUAGAAUUUUGGUCUCCGUGAAUAAAGGAGUGUACGAACCUGAAUUCAGGCUUGUGAUGAUCAUACCAUCAACAAUCUUUAUUGUAAUAGGACUAAUGGGAUAUGGUUGGUCUUCUACUGAACAGGAUCCAUGGAUUGCGCCGGUUUUGUUUUUUGGUUCUUUGGCAUUUGGUUCCUCGAUAGCAUCCACUACCGCCAUCACAUUUGCAGUUGAUUCAUACAAGGUGUUUGCAGCGGAAACUUUGGUUUCCUUCAAUUUUUUGAAAAACUUUUUGGGUUUUUGCUUUUCUUUGUUCAAUAACAAGUAUGCUGAUGCUCAAGGGUAUAAAAACGCAUACGUUACAUAUGGAGGGAUUCAGUUAUUUGUGAGUUUGUUUGCUAUUCCGUUGUACAUAUAUGGGAAGAAGUCAAGAAGGUGGACGGAUGAGAAGGAGUUGAUGAGAAGUUUAUACCAUGAAGAUAACAUACCCCCCAGUGUUUCUUUAAAGAGUAAGUAUGAUAAUGAUAGUGAUGCACAGAUAGAGUAA